AUGACCGCUCUAUUGAGUUUGCCAUCUUUCAUCGUCGUGCUGCUGUUGACCAUUUGCACUUCGAGUUACCUGAAGGUGUUCCUCCCGAACUACUUCAACGCCCGGCGUCCCGGUUUCUUCGGUCUUUUGGGGAAGCUCGCCGUCAUCGGCGACCGUUUGUCACCGUACGUCGCGUUUUGCUGUAUUGUGUGUGCGUUCUGGAUUCUGUUCAUGCGUUGA